ACUAAACCAAAUAUGCAUACUUGUACCCAAUUUAGUAAAUCAAAACCUCCAAAUAAUAGAGACCCAAUAUUUGAACCGAAAAACGAACACAAAAAAACAUUUUUAUACAGAGAAAUAUUACCUUAUAACAUAGAAAAUAAAGAAAAGCAACUAGAAAAUCUUGAAAAAAUUACUAAAAAUAUUUAUAUAAGUUUAGCAGCUAAUGAUUUUUCAAAAGCUGCUAUAUUUUCAAAAGAAAUUAAUAAUUGGCUUAACUUAAAAUUUGAUUUACCUCGUCAAAUUCGCAUAAAACUUGUUAAUGUAUAUUACGAACUUUGUACUACUGAGGGUAUUUCACCAAACAAUCAAAGAAGAUUUGAAUCGCUUUUUUUAUCAUUAACAAAACGACAUCACUAUCUUUCCAUUCAUGAUAUAUCACUUGAUUGGAAACCAGCAUUUUUAAUUCUUAAACGAAUAAUGUUUCCAAAUGAUGAAGCUUUUAUUGAAUCUAGAGCCAUUUCUAAUUCUAAUAAUAUCAGUAUCAUUCCUAUUAUCAAAAAGGCUCGUCUAUAUUUCCUUCCCAAAGAAAUACCAAAUAUAUUAAAUGAACUCUUGCCUCUUUUUAAUACAUCUAUUAUUUCUGAUGCAUUUAUCGUUAUUGGGAUGCUCAACCUUUUCCUACCAUGUCAUCCUUCCCCUAAUGAUGAUCCAAAAUUAGACCCACAAUACUGGCUUCCUGCAAUUUUUCAUUUAUGGUUUCUUAUAUCAAAUUCGAAUCAAUGUAGUUCCAUAUUUCUUGAUCUUUUGGGAAGACUGGCGAAAGAAAGUCAUCCAGCACCAACUCGUGCUCCUUGCCUUUUUACAGAUAAUCAACUAUCAUAUAUUUUUACUACCAUUCUUCGAUUAUUUAACAUUCCUAUAGGGAAUAUAAAAAAUCCUAUCUUGAAUAAUAUCGAUUUACAUGAAGGGAUUCCAUUCAUUCAACAAAAAAGUUUUACUAAACAAGCAGCAAAACUAAUUAUCUAUUCUAUUUCACCAUUAUGCCUUAUCAAAAAAAAAGAAACUAAAGUACUUUCAAAACUUAAAACCCUUAUAAAGAGUAUAGAAACAUAUUUUCAUCCAUCAAAUCAUGGGCCUUGGACAAAAAAUCUUUCUAAAUUUAUAUAUUAUCUUUCCAAUUAUUUUGUGGAUAGAUGGAAUAAAGAGAACGAUAAAGAACUUGAUAUCUUGCCAGAAAAGAAAUUAAAUAUAGGAAUACGAAAAGAAUUUGUUUUGACUCUAAGAAAAGUGACUUUUAUGAUUAUUUAUAGUCAAGAUUAUGAAGUAAUGGAACAAUCUCAAAUAACUCUACAAAAUUUAUCAUACCUGGAGCCAUCAUUUAUCCUUCCAUGUAUUUUAAGACGAAUAUACCCUUCUAUGAAAGGUCUUAUCGAAACUCAUCGUACAAUCUCAUCUCUUCAAAGUUUAUGUAUUCUUGCACCUAUUAUUUCUGGCACAAAAAUAUUCAAAAAUCAUAUAACAAGUCUUCUUAACUUAGUAUUACCUUAUAUUGAUGCAAAUGAUUUAGACAAAGCAGCAUAUAGUUUAACAUUUAUCUCAAGAGUUGCCCAGAAUGUACCAUUCCACGAUUUAACAGAAAAUGCAAAUUAUGAAAUCGCUCUAAAUUGGAUUGAAAAUGAAUUAAAUAAAUUUGAGAAUGUUAUUAACGAUGAUGAUGACCUUUUGUUAGAAAGUUAUAAUUAUAAUGAUACAGAAGUUAAUAAUGUUGAUGACAAUUUAAUUGCUAAAUCAUCUACAGCAUUCUUUCAUGAAUUUAUCAUAAUAUUUUUAGAUCGUAUAUUUACAUUAUUAAAGAAUUUAUCAGACCAAACUUCAACAAAGACUAAAUCAUCUGAAAAUCACAUCAUUGAAAUACUACCAUCGACAUUGACUCAUUUUUUUGCAUCAUUAUCAGAUAAUUUUUUCAAAUUAGCGUUAGAAAAAAUUAUUCAUUUUAUUUCCAAUAAUGUGUUAUAUCAAUCAAUACAUUCGGUAAAUUUUUUAUGUAGUUCUUGCAUAUCAAAAAAUCCUAAACUGUUUUUUGAAAAAUUAUUUCCUAUUCUUAAAACAAAUAUCCUUUUUGAAAUAGAAAAUAACGAGGCAGCAUCAACUAGAAGCACAGGUAAUGACAUUCAUCCUCGAGAUAGGGCUUUAUUAUGGAAUUUACAAAUACUUUCUACAUCCAUUAAUGGCACAGGAAAUAUUUUAAUAUCAUAUGGCACAGAUUUAGAAGAAAUAUUAAACAUUUUAAUUGAAAAAUCCAAAGGAAAUAUAAUUACUCAUGUUGGAAACUUUUUUUCAGUAAUAUUAUCGAAUUUUACUACGAUAUAUCCGAUAGAUAAAGAAAUGUUUGAAGAUAACACAGAAAAAUAUCAGAAUAUCCAACCAGAUUAUUGGGCUCAUAAAACUGAUCCAAAAAAAUUAAACAUAAAAUGGCAUAUUCCAUCAGAAGACGAAAUAACUUUUUCUGUAAACUUAUUUAUUUAUCAAUCUAAUAAGAUUUUAAAAGAUUUAUCAUAUUUAAUGCAAACAUGCACCAAAUCAACCUUUAAAACAAGGAAGGAAUGGUCGGACAAUGUUACAAAAUGCGUAUUUUAUUUAAAAAAAGGUCUUUUUGGAAUAGCCUUUCUUUUUGAUUCAGAUUUUAAUGAAAUAAAAGACGAAAAUUCCCAAGAAGAUGAGGGCACUGGAAUUAUGCAUAAAUAUCCAUCUGGUUAUUUUUUUGAAAAAAGAAAAGAUGAUCCAAGAUACGUUCAAAUUUUGCAAAUAAAAAAAGAAAUCGGAAAUACAUUGCAUAACUUACAUGCUUUUCUAACAAAAUAUCACAAUGAUGAUAUUCAAUGCUUCAAAUCUUUAAUUUCAACUUUGAAAACAUGGCUUCUAGAUGUUUUAUAUUGUCGAACAGCCAAUGUAUUGGAUAAUUUGAUUCGUUCAUAUACACAUGAUAUACAACCAUAUAAAAUUAGCGGUCUUAGAAAAAAAUACCCUCGAAUAUUAUUAAUCAAAAGAGCAGAAAUUUAUCAUAUAACUAGGUUAAAAUUUAAUUCCAGAUAUAGAAAUAUGACUUCUUUAGAUAUUUUAUUACUUGAGGAUCUUGUUUGCUCUUGCUUGAAUUUUUAUUCAGAAAUUCGACGUUGUGCACAAAAUACACUGAAUAUUGCAUUAAAAAUAAUGACUAAUUCUAAAAAUAUCAUAAUUCCUCCUUUAUUAAAUGCUAUGUUAUCAUCAGAUAUUGAAGUUUUAAAAGGUGCAAUUUACUCCUUAAGCAUGUUAAAACAUUUUAAACGUGUUAUUAUGGAUAAUUGGGAUUUUAUACUCAAAUAUAUUCAUGGUCUAAUCUAUAUAAUGAAAUUUGAUAUUCUUUCGCUUAAAAAAAUCUGCAAUAAAGCAUAUGUAGACUUCAUCAUUACAUUUAAAUCACAUUCAAAAGUUACAUUAUAUAAAAAGAAUUUUCUCAACUUAAUAAAACCUACAGACGAUGUUAAUAUAAAAGUUAUAACCUUAAUUAAAAAAGUAAAUGAAAAACAUAAAUAUAUAUGCAAUGAAAUUAAGAAAUUACGCCACAAAUUAAUUGACAUAAUAAAAGAUACACAUUGGAGAACAUCAGCUAUGAUUGGAACUGGAUUGAUAAAAAUUUUAGUAAGUGUAGAAAAUCCUCCUGAUGAUAAAUUGGUUUCAUCAAUAAUUCGUGAAUCCAUUAGCGAACAUCCAUUACUUAGACUUUUAUAUAUAGAAUCUUUAACAUUUUUUUUAUCAAUCCUUUGGCAACAUGGGCUUACCAAUGGGAACUUAAAGGCCAUUUUAUUGGAGGAAGUACACUUACCAACUAGAAUAUUACAUCAUGUGAGCCUUAAUCAACAAAAUGUAAAAAUUUAUACUAAAAAAUUUCUUUCUGAUUUUUCUAAUCCGGCAAAAGACCAUUUCAUUGAUACUCUUCAAUAUGGAUGGCUAAUAUGGCCUAAAGCAUAUCCAAUAUAUCUUACUAAAAAAGAAUCACAAUUUCUACAAUUAAAUUCUUUUACCAAAAAAACUUUUGAUAAGACAAUUCAUCUUUUUUCUGAAACAUGGUUUGAACAGUUUUUUAAUCAUUUAAAACAAGAAUCACGUCAAGAAUCUCCAAAAUUUAGAGUUAUUAUAGCAACCUUCAUGAAAUUUUUAUUUCAAAUUAUAAAAAAUGUUCCUUGUCAUAUAACCCUGAAUAAUUUAAAAGGAAAAAUUGAACAACUAUGUAUUCCAGAAAAUGAAAAACAUGAAAUACGAGCAGGUUGCGAAAUUUUAUCUGGUUUAGUUUCAUCUUUAAAAUGUGAAUCUCUAGAGUAUUGUAAUGAAGUCUGGGAGUGGAUGUUACCUAUAGUCAAAAAAAAUUUUGAAAAUAUAACGCCAGAAACAUUAAUCUUUUGGUUAAAUUUUGUAAAAUUUUCUUUCUCCAAAAGGGAUCCUCGAAGAUCUUGGCCCUUUCUAAAAAUGCUUAUAUCAUUUCGCUUAGAUAAAAAAUCAGACUUAGCAUUUAAAGAAACAGCCAAAAUAGCGCUUUUAAGAAAAGCUAUUACACAUUGCGGAUGGCACUUUCAAUUUGCAAAUCUAAUUAUAGAAAACCUUUUAUUUCAUCUCGAUCAUCCAUAUAAACGUGUAAGAGACGAAAUAGGAAAAACCUUAUAUAUUAUUACAAGUUCUGAAUACCAUGAAUCUUUUUGUAAUGCAGAGUCAUUCAUAGAAUAUCAAUAUCAAAACCAGAAUUCCUAUAUGACAAUUCCUUAUAUAUCAUCAAAUCAUUUUAAAAAUGUUAUAAAAAAAAUAUUUUCUCAACUAAAAGAUCGGAAAUCUGAAUACAUACUUAAUUCCAAUUCAGUUUCAUAUAUUUCUUGUAGUAAAACAAUACUUUCUUGGCUUCAAUAUUCUCUUAAUAAGACAGAGUAUACACUUAUUGUACCAUAUAUUCCUGAAACCAUAUUACCAGAAAUUGUAUUCAUGUUAAAUAUCAAAGAAGAUCACGAUCUAUUAUCAUCAACACAUCAAAUUUUGCAGCAAAUAGGAGAUAUAUAUUUCCCAACACAUCUAUUACACUCCAUGACCAAUUCAAUUAUCGAAAUUAUGAUAUCCUCAGAAAACUGGCACCAUAAACUUAAUAUUUUUCCUCUUCUACAGACAUUUUUUUUUUAGACAUUUAUUUACUCUUCAUCAAAAUUGUCAAAAAAAGAUUUUUAAAGGAAUUAGAAUACUUCUAGAAGAUCCUCAAAUAGAAGUUAGACUAAAUGCUGCUCUUACACUCACGGGAAUAAUACAAUGUUCUAAAAACGAAACAGAGACUAAUAUAUCAGAACUUUUAAAACAAUUUUCCGAUCUUUUAACAAAUAAUCCUUUACAAAAAAAUUACACAUUAUCAACAAUUAUAUCCCGUCAUGCAGCUGUAUUGGGACUUUCAGCUCUUGUAAUGGCAUUUCCAUAUGAUACUCUAGAAUCUUGGAUUCCUUCUGUUGUUGCUCGUUUAGCAAGAAUAGGAUUAGAUCCUUAUCCAAUUAGAAAUACUAUUAAAAAAUUUAUGGCAGAUUUUAAAAAAACACAUUCAGAUACAUGGAAUAAGGACCAAAAGAUGUUUACAAGAGAAGAAUUAGAUGAUUUAUCUGGUUUUUCUUCACACAAUUAUUUUGC